ACUAUUUUUCUCUUCUUUUUCUUUUUGAGAAAUAUUCAAUUUCGUCCAAUUCGUUUGCGAAACCCUAAUUUCGAUCCUUUUUUAUCUCUCUCUACGACUCAAUUUUCUCUCUCUAAACACUACAAAUUUCGAUCCCUCUCAGUCUCACUCUGAUUCAUCGCUCGAAUUUCUCAUCCACUACCAAUUUCUCCGCCACACAACGAAAAUCUCUAAAAUCCUCAAUAAGAUCCACCGGUUAACUUCGAUUUCGUUUUCAUUUUUCCGAUUAGGGUUUCGAUUCAGGUCAUUCAAGGCUGGCGAGUGUUCGGGUCAAGUAAAUGGCGGAUCCGUCUGGUAUCCGCCAUCAUAAUUGCUUCAAUCACGGUGUUGCUUUAACAGUUACUGGAGCCAUUGAUUCUUGUGUUCGAUUGUUGAUUUGGUUGCAGGGUAGUGACGAUUGCGAAAAGUGAAUAAUGCUGAACGUGCUACGUGUGCACCUUCCUUCUGAUAUUCCCAUUGUAGGCUGUGAGCUCACGCCUUAUGUGCUCCUACGUCGGCCUGACAAAACCGUUACGACUGACGAUGUACUUGAAACCGCACCCUUAGAUGGGCAUUUUUUGCGAUAUAAGUGGUAUCGUGUACAGAAUGAUAAAAAGGUUGCUGUUUGUAGUGUACAUCCAUCCGAGCAGGCCACACUGCAGUGCCUAGGUUGUCUUAAGGGUAAAAUUCCUGUUUCCAAAAGUUACCAUUGCUCUCCCAAGUGUUUCUCAGAUGCAUGGCAGCACCACCGAGCGUUACAUGACCGAGCUGCAAGUGCAGUUAAUGAAAAUGGAAAUGAGGAGGAGGAGGUAUUUGGGAGAUUUAACAAUUCUGGAUCUGGGUCAAUCAAUACCGGCUUAUCCUCCUCUGCAUCUAGUGCUAACCUGUCAAAUGGGUCUGCAACCGUGUAUCCCGCAACUGUUACACAACGAAAUGGUGGUGAAACUUGGUUUGAAGUUGGACGAUCAAAGACAUAUACCCCAUCAGCUGAUGACAUUGGUCAUGUUCUUAAAUUUGAAUGUGUUGUAGUUGACGCAGAGACAAAACUUACUGUGGGGCACACAAACACUAUUCUAACUUCCCGGGUCAUUCCUGCUCCUUCACCUAUCCCGCGCCAGCUGAUACCUGUUGACGGGAUGGGGAGUUUGGAUAUGGAUGGGCGUAUAACAUCAUCGGGAACUUUUACUGUUUUAUCAUACAACAUAUUGUCUGAUUCAUAUGCCUCAAAUGAUCUAUACAAUUACUGCCCUUCGUGGGCUCUUUCCUGGCCGUAUCGCAGACAAAAUUUAUUACGAGAAAUAGUUGGUUACCGUGCCGAUAUUAUUUGUCUACAAGAGGUCCAAAGCGAUCAUUAUGAUGAAUUUUUUGCUCCUGAACUGGACAAACAUGGCUAUUACGGUCUUUACAAGAAAAAAACAAAUGAGGUAUAUAAUGGCAACAUAAAUACUAUUGAUGGUUGCGCAACAUUUUUCCGUAGAGACAGAUUCUCACAUGUGAAGAAAUACGAGGUUGAGUUUAAUAAGGCCGCACAAUCUUUAACAGAUGCCAUGAUUCCAACCACUCAAAAGAAAACUGCAUUGAACCGGCUUGUUAAGGAUAAUGUUGCACUAAUAGUUGUUUUAGAAGCAAAAGUUAACAAUCAGCCGGUUGAUAAUCCAGGGAAAAGACAGCUUCUGUGUGUGGCAAAUACACAUGUAAAUGUCCACCAAGAACUAAAGGAUGUUAAGCUCUGGCAGGUGCACACACUUUUAAAAGGAUUGGAGAAAAUUGCUAUAAGUGCAGACAUUCCAAUGCUGGUUUGUGGUGACUUCAAUUCAGUUCCAGGAAGUGCUCCUCAUGCACUUCUUGCGAUGGGGAAGGUAGACCCAUCCCACCCAGAUUUAGCAGUUGACCCACUCAACAUAUUGCGUCCUCACAGCAAAUUGGUUCACCAGUUGCCACUGGUUAGUGCUUACUCUUCUUUUGCAAGAACGGUUGGCCUGGGAUAUGAACAGCAUAAGCGAAGAUUGGACAGCUCAACAAAUGAACCUUUAUUUACAAAGGUCACUAGAGAUUUUAUUGGCUCUCUUGAUUAUAUAUUUUACACAGCGGAUUCAUUAGUUGUGGAGUCAUUAUUAGAGCUAUUGGAUGAAGAGAGUUUGAGGAAAGACACAGCACUACCUUCUCCUGAAUGGUCCUCAGAUCAUACAGCUCUCUUAGCUGAGUUUCGUUGCUGCAAAAGUAUAUCUAGGCGAUGACUCAUAAGUCUUAACUCAUAAGGACAGAUCCAGUGACACGGAAAGAAAAAAAGUUGAAAGAAGCAUCUCGUUGAUAAGUUAUUGUUGUAUAAGUAGUGGUAGAUCAUACCAUUGUCUUUUUCUCAGGUAUCUCCAAUGUGGGGUUCCUUGCAAUGAUCUACUUUGUAUUAUGCCAUCUUUAUUUUAUAGAAAAUAUGAUAAGGCCUUACUGAUAUGCCUCUUUCAUUCA